AUGGCCGGCUACCUGCCACUCGUCACCACCAAGACCUCCGUCGCCAAUGCCAAGCACAAUGCUGCGGAGGCCGAGGCCACCAAACGCACCGACAACAAGCAUGCGGCUCGCAAGAAGGUGCGCACUGCCGCCCUCACCCAUGCCAUCAAGGCUAAGGAAGAGGCCACCACUGCUGUGCAGGAGCGCGACGCCGCUGCUGCUCGCCUUCGCGACGCCCUAGCACGCACCGCCGAGGAGCGCAAGGGUGCCCCGCCUAUCUCUACCAAUAUCCGGAGGCUCAUCCCCAUCGUUCUUGACAUCUCCUCUGGCAACUACACAUGGUGGCGCGAGCAGUUCGUCCUCACCAUCGGCAUGUACUCCCUGCAGGACCAUGUCCUUUGCGACGUGCCCGCUCUAGCCUCUCUAGAUUGGGGGCGCAUGGGUUGCGUCAUCCGGUCUUGGCUCUACGGUACAACCGCCAACGACCUCGUCGAUGUCUUCAUGGAGCGUGGCCAGCGCGGCGCCACCGCCCAUGCCACCUGGCUUGCCAUCGAGAUCCAGUUCUCGGUGGAUGCCCUCGGUGAUGUUGGUGAGCAGGUCUCCGACCGCACCCUCGUCCUCAACAUCAUCCGCGGGCUCAACAAGAAGUUCUCCGCCAUUGGCCGUGACAUUAGGCGUAGCUGCCCUCUCCGCACCUUCUUGAAGGCUCGCGAUGACUUGCUCCUUGAGGAGCUCACGAUGGCGAACCCUGCUUCGACUUCGUCUACGGCGCUCCUCACCAGCACCAGCCUCGGGCUUUCUUCCUUGCACACCCCUAGUUCCUCCCAUGAAUCUGCUAGUCGGUCUAGCAACAACUCUGGAGGUGGCAAGGGAGGGAACUCCGGGUCCUCCAGUAGCACCUCCUCCAAGCGAAAGCGGGGCAAGCCUGGUGGCCAGUUGCGCCAGGGUAGCGGUGGCAAGGCCUCUGCUGACCAUAACUCCAACGCCCAGGUUCCUACUCCAGGCAUGACACAGGAGGCCGGCGGUCCUUGGCCCUCCUUAUGGAACCCUUUUACACCAAUACCAUCCUUUGGGAAAAUAUAA